AUGCGUGACGCGAAAAGCUGUGGUGGCUCGCUAAUAAACAUUUCAUCCAUCGCAGGGCUCCAUCGCGGUUUAGCUCCUGGUGCACUGAGUGGUAUUGACAUCAUGACAAGAGUGAUGGCCACUGAGUUAGGUGCUUACAAAAUUAGAGUGAACUCGAUCGCGCCGGGGCUUUUGAACUCAGAGAUCACAAAAGAUCUUAUGCAGAAAAAGUGGCUCAAGGAUGUGGCCGAGAGGAUUCUACCGUUAAAGGUGAACCAGACCGUGGAUCUGGGGCUUACCUCUCUUGUUCGCUAUCUACUUCACGACUCUUCUCAAUAUGUCUCUGGAAAUAUUUACAUCGUUGACUCUGAAACUACACUGCCCGGUCUGCCCAUUUUUUCUUCUCUAUGA